AGGCUUUCUUUUUUACUUUCAUAUAUUAUUUGUAUAUAUUUUUGUAUCCUAUUUGUUUACGUACUGCUAUGAUUGACUUUCUGUACAUUUUCUUUUGAAAUAAGGUAAAAAAAAGAAGAGUUGAGGCAACAGCCAUUUAAUAAAACCACAUCUCAGCCUCCAUGCCGUCGUUAAAAGCGACGUCAGUUAAAUAUGACGGGCCGCACCACUGCAUCCGCUCUCUAUCGUUUUGUCAUACGCAGCAUUUUGUGAUCUCAGUCAGAGGAGCAGAAGUGUUCAUUACAACUUCUAUAUAUUUACUUUGAAUUCAAGUGACAACGUGGAUGAGAAUGUACAGGUCGUACAUUUUUUUAUAAUAGCCUAUGGCCUACAUGCACAGGAUGGCUUUAUAUCUAGUGUAAAACAUUACAAAUGUUUGUGUGAAAAGAACUAUACAAAUAUAAAGGCUAGGCAUAUAUUAUAUACACACAAACGCACUCUAUCUGCGUGGAUUGGCUCUUUAUCCGAAUAAGCUUAACAAGCUUAAUUAUUUUCUCUGAUUUAGAGACCCCCAUGGACGUUUAACUGGCCCACGGCUGUCCCUGCAGGCUCCGUUGCUUUUUAAAUGAUGUAUUAAUGCAUUUGUUUUCUAUAACAAUUUACUUUAAUGAUUGGCGAUGCUGUUUGUAAAAGUUUACAUGCUCGCAGAAAUUCCACUGCAGCUGAUAUCCUCGGAUAUUUAAGAUGCAUAACUAACUGUAAACUGGACAGAAUAAACAGAACUAGACCUUUUUAGAUUCUGAAAUACUCUACAAUCUUACAAAUGAAGCUGUCUGUCUGACAGCAGCUCUAUGUUCACCUUUUAGAGAAUGUUAAUAAUAUUUUCCUCGUUAAUUGUGUAUUAUUUCAGCCACCUGAUAUUAAUCAGAAUAAUAAUUUGUAAGAUCUGACCAGCCCGAUCCAUAACGUUAGAUUAACCACAGAGCCACGGAUAUCUCUCUCGCUCUCUCUCUCUCUCCCCCCUUCCCUCCUCCUCUCGCUCUGGCAAGCCUCUAUGUUUACAUGCGGCAUGUGAAAAGUGUUCUUUGAGGAUACAUCAGUGUAUCAAUGAUUGUAACUCCUCGGAGGAGCCUCCUCGAUGCUCGAUCCUCACUACUCAAUGUGCAUUUUUGGAAUUGGGACGCCCUUCAACAUGGCGCGCUGAGAACGAUUUCCAGGUCACAAGUUGGAGUCGUCGAGGAGAUGGAGGAAAAAUUAUCAGAGGAGAAUGGCCACGCGUUACCAGGGCACAAGGAGGAGGAAGAGGAGAUGGAGGUUACCAUGACAACGCAACUAGAAAAUCUCAUCGUAACCCCCGCCAAUGCAGACACCUCAUCAAAUACAGAGACCCAACCAGAGGAAACGGGAGAUGUACACACAGACUCGCCAGCGGCAACGCUUCCUUUAAACAGUGUGUCUAAGACAGAGGACUGUGACGACGACGAGUCAGAGGAUUCAGACAGUGACAGCUCUUCCUCCUCCUCCUCUUCGUCCUCUUCGUCCUCAUCCUCCUCUUCUCCCUCUGCCCCCGUUUUUGAGGAUGAUGAUGAGGGUUUCAGCCAACCGGCACCCAUCAAAACCAGGGAUGAAGUCCUGCUCGAGGAGCUGCCGGCAGUGGAGGAGGUGUCAGUGUCAUUACCAGAAGAUGCAGAACUGCGGCCUGUAGGAACAAUCUCAAGUAUUAUACAGCAACUUGUUAUAAUCCAGUCUCUGAAAGACACGCCCCCUCUGACUGAUGACAGCAUCAUCUUUAGAUCUGAUAGGCUGGCUGUUGGCAAGGUGUUUGAGGUGUUUGGUCCAGUGUGCAGGAAGAUUUUUAAGGGAUCUGAUGCAUCAUGGAAGAACGACCAAGAACCACCAGAGGAGGCUUUAGAUUAUAGUGAUGAUGAGAAAGAACAGGAAGCUAAGAGGAAAGGGAAGAACUCCAGAAAGAAGAGGGACAAUAACAACACAGAUAAUCCUACCCACGUUACCCAGAACACCUUGCUGCAGCAGCGUAAUGCCAGAGGUUUCCCACCAAGACAUGCAGGAGCUCCACUCAGGCACCAGAACCCGAGGAAUAAACAGCCACAGUUCAGCCACACAGCUGCUCCACCCAGACACGUACUCCCACCACCCAGACACACCCAUGUCCCUCCCAUGUACCUCCCCCCUCCCUGCCCCUACCCUCCUCCCCCUCAUCACAUUUUCCCCCCACCCAACUUCCUGUACCCCCCCCCUCCUCCCUCUUUCUUCAAUCCAUCUUUCUCUUCUCCUCUUUGGCCACUGAACUCUGUCCCCUUCUCUGACCUCCCCCCUCCUCCUCCUCCCUUUCCCCAGUGA